AUGCUGUCGAGGGCAGCUCGGAUCGCGCGCCUGCAGCCGACUGCGGCGCAGCUCUACCGCUCCGUCGCAACACCAGCUGCGAGACCCCGAUUCCGAGCUUCAUCAUGGAGCAGGGGUUUCGCGCAGGACAAUAAGCCCAAGGACCUCUCUUCGGGAAAGCCUACUGAUCAGCAGAAGCCUGCCGACUCAACACCAGGCGAGACCCCAGCUUCAUCGAGUGCCGACUACCAAGUAGCCUACGAGGAGGCUGCUGAAGCCUCGUCCAAAACUUCCUCGACCCAGACACCCAAAGACGGCGCUAAGCCAGAUGCCGCCGAUGCGACCGAAGCUCCUGAACAGCCCAUGCACACCGGCCCUCUGCCCGACCUCACCCAGGGCAUUCCCUCCACCUUGGCUUAUGAGAUGUCCGGCGCGACCAGCAAGGCGGCUCUUGCCGCCAUCGCUGAAGAGGAAGCCGUCGCUCAGGGUGGUGGACGUGGCCGUGGAGAGCUUCCCGACUCCGCAUACGUUUCCUCGACGGACAGAAAGCGUCAGCAGCUCGCAAGCCGCAUGUUUCUCGCCUUCGUUGGCUUCGGCGCCGCCGGUAUGCUCUAUCUCGGACGUAACUGGGACGACAAGGAAGAGGAAGCCAGACACGCAGAGACGGCCCCGAAUGGUUGGGGCUUUGGUGCCUGGUGGAACAGAGUCACUGCCCGUACCGGUGACUUCAUGAACUACUACCAAGAGCCUGCCUUUGAGAAGCUUCUCCCCGACCCUGACCCAUCUUUCGAGCGUCCCUACACCCUGUGCAUCAGCUUAGAGGACAUGCUCGUUCACAGCGAAUGGACCCGUGAACACGGCUGGAGAGUGGCCAAGCGUCCCGGUGUCGACUACUUCCUGCGCUACCUCAGCCAGUACUACGAGCUGGUUCUCUUCACCAGCGUACCCUUCGCCAUUGGCGAGCCCCUCGUCAGGAAGCUCGACCCCUUCCGCUUUAUCAUGUGGCCUCUCUACCGCGAAGCGACCAAGUACAAGGACGGAGAGGUUGUCAAGGAUCUUUCAUACCUGAACCGUGAUCUGUCCAAGGUUAUCAUCCUCGACACUAGCGAAAAACACGUCCAGAACCAGCCCGAGAACGCCAUUGUAUUGCCCAAGUGGACGGGUGACACCAAGGACAAGGAACUCGUCAGCCUCAUCCCGUUCCUUGAGUACAUUCAUACGAUGCAGUAUGGCGAUGUUCGCAAGGUUCUCAAGUCCUUCGAGGGCAAGCACAUUCCUACCGAGUUCGCCCGCCGCGAGGCUAUCGCGCGAGCCGAGUUCAACAAGCAGGUCGAGGCCAAGAAGAAGAAGGCACCUUCCGGCAUGAGCUUGCUCGGUGGCAUGCUCGGCCUGAAGCCCUCCAACAUGAGCCUGAUGGUCGCGCCUGAUGGAGAGCAGAGCCCUCAUGAGGCUCUCGCCCAGGGCAAGAUGCUCCAAGACAUUGCACGCGAGCGUGGCCAGCGCAACUACGAGUUGCUCGAGAAGGAGAUUCGUGAGAACGGUGAGAAAUGGCUAAAGGAGGAGGCCGCUAUGCAGGAGAAAGCCCAGCAAGAGGCCAUGCAGAACAUGAUGGGCUCCUUUGGCGGAUGGUUCGUCAAGGGUGACGACGCCAACAAGAAGCAGUAA